AUGACGUAUAAUGCGUCUGUAACGUGCGAACGCUAUCUUCGAGUGACGCGCAAUACUGGAACCUCCGGUGAGCGAAAUGUCAAGGUCAUUGACCAUCGCCGAUUUGGAUUUUUUGCCGGUUUACGCGACAUAGAACACGAAAUCGCACUUCAGCAUAUUUCGGCGUUCUUCGGUGACAUGACAGCAGAGCGCCGAAAGGGUGCUUCAGCUGAAGGAUCAUUUUGUUUUCAUUACUAUGGAUACCUGUGGGUAUUAAAGAAAAUAGACUGUAGGUCUGACCCCACCAACCACCGACCCGUCUCACUCACUGUCAUGUACUGUCAUGUAUUGAAUCAGGGUUUAGUUCAGUUCGGUUCACAAGACGUGCACCGAAUCCCCUGUCCUAGGCUUGGGCAACCCGGCAGUAACCCGGCCCUCAUGCUUCCUUCAGGUGACAUGACAGCAGAGCGCCGAAAGGGUGCUUCAGCUGAAGGAUCAUUUUGUUUUCAUUACUAUGGAUACCUGUGGGUAUUAAAGAAAAUAGACUGUAGGUACGUUGGUGGGUAUGUGUUGACAACGUUGCUGCACUCAGCACCUGCACACCUAUGUCUGAUAGGGUGCAAGAUGAACCUGCUGCGCGUGAGGGAACUUGGCUGUGUGAAGCUUGGGCAACCCGGCAGUAACCCGGCCCUCAUGCUUCCUUCAGGUGACAUGACAGCAGAGCGCCGAAAGGGUGCUUCAGCUGAAGGAUCAUUUUGUUUUCAUUACUAUGGAUACCUGUGGGUAUUAAAGAAAAUAGACUGUAGCACCUGCACACCUAUGUCUGAUAGGGUGCAAGAUGAACCUGCUGCGCGUGAGGGAACUUGGCUGUGUGAAGUAGGUGACCUUCAGGAGUUGUUUUGCCGUGGACGGUUCAUUUUUCAACCCACCAGUGUUGAUUUACCCAUUUCUACACCAAGUAAUAAAGCGUCACACACCAAGAAACGGCGACGUGAUGAACAACCGGAUAUGCCGGAGUUACCCCUUGCCGACCCUCUUCGUGACUCAGUCAAUCUUGAGUUACCGGAUUUGGUGCAUAUCGCUGGAGUAGAUCUGGAUCUUUUCGAUAUGAUGCAGACUUCCUUGUAUCAAGCGCGUGUUGAAGAUAUCACCUUGAUGGAAGAAAACGUCAAUCUGGUGCGGAGCAACCUGACUUUUGGGGAGGAAUUGGCUUUCUCUUCAGGGAUGGAUCUCAUCCAGCUUACUGACAAUGAUGUGGCGAUUCGUGCUGCUGCAACGGACAAAGUGGCAUCAUUAUCUCCAGAAGAAUCACGCCGACGUCCACUUUGUGACGUUGAUCAGGUGGUGGAACCAGAGGCCAAAAUUCCACGAGUCCAAUCAGCUGUGCUUGGCACUGUGACAGAAAUCGAGGAGCCCAGGUUGCUCCCUGCGGAUCCUUCAGUGUAUGCUAUACCAGACCAAGAUCAAAUCACCCUGGGUGAAUUGAAUGCUUUUCAAUCAAACGGCACCUUCCGAGCAUUGGACGGAACGGUUGUCGGUCCAUCAGGUGUGACUUCAGUUGAGCAUCCCCAAUCCGUAGAAGAGAACCCUGGUAUUUCGGAUGUAGCCGAGGCACGCGGUGUACAACCCCUUGAACCAGAAGCUCAAACAGAACAGCGUCAACUGACCGAACAACAGUCUAUCCAGAUUCCUCACAUAUCACCGCCUUUGGUACAACAACCGCCGGAACUUCUCCAGCCCAUGGGCGACUUGGAUGGUGUACUGCUCGUACAACUUGACCGCCUACCGUCUUUUCACCAAGGCGAGAUACGUCGUCAACGGCGUGCGAACAAAUCUAAGUUGCAGAUUGACGAGACUAUCAGGAUGACGACGGCCGAACUGCGGUGGAAUAUGGAUCACGGAGAAGAUACAAUGAUUCCGGUGGCAUCGCGUCUAGCCGAACCAGCCAGCCGGACAAAAACGCAAUAUUUGCUGUCGCGCUGUGUUCCUCGUUUGUUUGCUCGACCUGCCAGGUUGGACACUGCGUUGAGUUCCACACUCUGCGAUCUCUGGUGUCGACACCGUCGGUGGGCGGAAGAUCAACUAAAAUUGGGCUGUGACUUACUGGAACCGAUGGUGAGUUUGGAGCCGUUGGAUCCGGCACCGGGACGUCUCACUGACAUGGCCGAAGCGUCUAUCGAACAGCCACGUGCUGCACAAGCAAAUUCAUCUCUCGGCCCAUCUUCGUUGUCGCUUCUUGGCACUUCCAAUUUACUGAAUAUGACGGUGAUUCAGCUCUGGUGUCGACACCGUCGGUGGGCGGAAGAUCAACUAAAAUUGGGCUGUGACUUACUGGAACCGAUGGUGAGUUUGGAGCCGUUGGAUCCGGCACCGGGACGUCUCACUGACAUGGCCGAAGCGUCUAUCGAACAGCCACGUGCUGCACAAGCAAAUUCAUCUCUCGGCCCAUCUUCGUUGUCGCUUCUUGGCACUUCCAAUUUACUGAAUAUGACGGUGAUUCAGCCCGGUGGACAGGACUCAAAUAUCUCAUCGAAGACUCCUGUGGUGCCGCAAGAAGCGGGUCUACCGACUGUCCCCAUGCCUCCAGUCAAUUCACCAUGUGUUUUGAAUGUCACUCCUGAAUUACCACCGCAGCUGUUGUACGAAACCACCACCUUGAUACCUCUGCCUGAGGAACGAGAAGAACAAGCUAGGGAAGGGAUGAUGGAAUUCCCGACAUCAAUCCGACAGUCCCGAUUGAUUGAACCGCAGUUGGCCGCGAACCCUCUGUACAAGGAUUCUCAUGGGGUGUGGAGACGACUUCAAGAGCUGCUCGCCAACUCGGAUAAAAACUCCGUCGAAAUUACGGAGCUUUGUCCUCCGGGAACCUUGAAAAAAGACGCUGCUCUGGUUUUCGCCACCGUACUU